AGUUUUUGUCAUCCUUGGCAGUGAAGUGACCUGUUUUACGCCUUCUCCUAUUUCCAACGAACCCUUGCAGAUAUCCCCACAGCGUUCCUGUGCACACUUCAAUCGACUCCAACAAAACCAAUUCGUACCUUGUGAGCUCAACUUUAAGGUUGUUAAAUACUCCUAAAAACAAGAAGUAUAACCUUGCCCCCCUUUCGCUUUUACCACCAACACAAAGACCUACACGCAUAUACAUCAUUGCGUGUUGAUCUUUUCCUUCAUACACACUUUCUUGCUCGCCACCUCAUCCUGAAAAGAUGGUGAAGCAAUUGCCUUGCCUCACAGGCUCGGCCCUCAAGGGUAGAUCCUUGACUGCUGCUGUAGCUUUGAUUUCCGGUGUAGGUUUCAUGUUAUUCGGUUAUGAUCAAGGUGUAAUGUCAGGUUUAUUCCAAGCAGGUCAAUUUGCAGCUUAUUUCCCAAAAAUGGCAGAAACUCCUCCUUAUGCAUUAGCAACAAGUGGUUCAGUUCCAAGUAAUCCUGCUUUCGAUAGUACAAUUCAAGGUGCAGUUACCGGUAUUUAUGAAAUUGGUGCAAUGGUUGGUUCUUUGAUCGUUUUAUGGAAAGGUGAUAAAAUCGGUCGUCGUUCUUCAAUCGCAAUUGGUGCAUGCACUAUGAUUGUCGGUACAAUUAUCAUGACUGCAGUUAACAUCAAAUAUGAUGCCAAUUCACGUUUGACUCAAUUCGCUAUCGGACGUGUGGUUACUGGUUUGGGUAACGGCUUAAACACUUCUACAAUUCCAAUGUGGCAAUCCGAACUUUCAAAAGCACACAACCGUGGUCUUUUGGUCUUGAUCGAAGGUGCAUUGAUUGCAGGUGGUAUUAUGAUUUCUUAUUGGAUCGAUUAUGGAUUUUAUUGGAUUGACGGUAGCUCCGUUCAAUGGCAAUUCCCAAUCGCAUUCCAAUGCGCUUUCGCAAUUGUGCUCUUGCUCGGUAUUCUUUGUUUGCCUGAAUCACCUCGUUGGUUGAUCAAGAAAGGUCAUCACGAACAAGCAGCAAAGGUCUUGGCCCAAUUGGAUAACACAACAACAGAUGAUCCAGCCGUUCAAACGCAAUUACGUCAAUUGCAAGAAUCAAUCGGAGCAGCAGAAGAAUUGAUGGGAGAUUUCUCUUACAAAGAACUUUUGCAAAAUGGACCAGAACAAAAUCUUUAUCGUACAUCGAUUGCCUUUGUCGCACAGGCCUUUCAACAACUUUCCGGUAUCAACCUUAUCACGUAUUAUGCUGCUACUGUCUUCGCUUCUGUCCAACCAGAGAACAAGACUGCUCGUCUUUUGACCUGUGGUAACGGUACAGAAUACUUUUUGGCUUCCUUGGUAGCACUUUUCAUGAUUGAUACGCUCGGUCGUAGAAAUUUGAUGAUGUGGACUGCAUUCGGAAUGAGUGCAUCAAUGGCAGUUUUGGCAGGAACCGUGAAACAGAUUAACGAUAACCCAGGAAAAACAUUGCCAGAAUCCUACGUGGCUUCCGUGUUCUUGUACCUGUUCAACACCUUCUUUGCACUCGGUUGGUUAGGUAUGACAUGGUUGUACCCUCCAGAGGUAACAAGUAUCCGUAUCCGUGCUCCUGCAUCUGCAAUCGCAACAUCGUCCAAUUGGUUGUUCAACUUCUUAAUUGUCAUGAUUACACCCAUCGCUUUCAACAACAUCAAAUGGCAAACGUAUUUGAUCUUCACCGUCUUGAACGCAUUCUUCAUUCCCGUCAUCUACAUCUUCUUCGUCGAGACAAAGAGACGUUCGUUGGAGGAGCUAGACCUUCUGUUUGCUGAAUCCUACGAUGAUGGAAAGGGAAGCUUCUUCAAAUGGUCUCAUUUCAUGACCACGGCGUGCUAUCUUUCAUUGCACAAGAGACUUCUUUCAUCCGAAGAAUUGGAUGCCGAAUUGGCCAAGAAGUUUGGCGAUGAUCAUAUCACAACAAUGCGUUCAAGAUUAUCAGGCAAUCAAGUUCCCAUCAGUGACAAGGCUGAAAAGACAAGCGCUCACGAUGAAGAUUCACCACAUGACAACCUCUCUUCUCAUUCUGGUUCCCGUCAUUCUUGAUGAUGUUCCAGUGAUGCGGAUAUAAAUAUCUCAUUGUAUGAUUCUCACAUAACACUUCCUUUGCUUCUAAGAUGGUAGAGAAUAUCGUCUAAACUUGUACACUUUAUUUCUUCUUAUUCAUCUCAAUAUAGUAUUUGCAUUUCUUUAUCUCAAAGUUUACGUUGCAGUCCGUUCCUCUAUCCUGGAAAUAAGAUU